CACAUUGAAUCGUUUUUCAGCGUCCAAGCCCAAAAAAACCUCAACAAAGCCCACGGAACGCGGCCGAACAGGACAGCCAGUCCGCCGCCCAUGUUGCGCACGGCGAUCCCCGCGGCGGCGCGGCGGCGCAUCUCCUUUGCCCCGGCAAGAUUCGCGCACGAGCUUGCGCAGGCGCAGGCGCAGGUCCAGUCGGCCGUCCCUGGACGGGACGGCCUUGAGCCGUCGUGGGUCCCGCUGUACAGGAGGAUCUCGAAGCUGUCCCAUGGCAGGCAGCCGGGAAUGGCGGCGGCGGAGAUGACCAAAUAUCUCCGCGAGAGGCGCCCGCUCUCGGAGUACCAGAUCGUCGCCUACAUCCGGAAGCUCCGCAAGUUCAAGCGUCACGCGUGCGCGCUCGAGUUGAUGGAUUGGAUGGAAGCUCGUGGAGCAAAGUUGACGCAUGGGCAUCAAGCGCUGCGGCUUGACCUUGUUUCAAAAGUUCACGGGAUACAGGCAGCUGAAGAAUAUUUCUGGAGCCUUCCAGAUAUAUUGAAGUCAAGGAAAGCUUAUUCAAGUUUGCUUAACUGCUAUGGUGAACACGGGAUGGCAUUUAAAGGUCUGAAAUUCUAUGAGAAGAUGAAAGCCAAGAACAUUGUUCCAAAUACACUGGUGUACAACAGCCUGAUGGUUUUGUACAAAAAGGCGGGCCAGCCAGAGAAAAUCCCCUCCACAUUUGAAGAAAUGCGAGAAAGCGGUAUAACUGCUAACAGUUUUACAUACUUCUCAUUGGUAGAAAGCUAUGUUACAAUGAAUGACCUGGAGGCUGCGGAGAAAGUCCUGGAAGAAUUGCAGAAGGUGGCUCCAGUUCACUGGUCCCUAUAUACUCUAAUGGCAAACAGUUACAUUAAACUAGAGCUGUGUGGAAAGGCAGAAGUUGCCCUAAAGAAAGCCGAGGAAGUUAUGAACAAAGAUGAAUUAUCCUCAUGGUAUUUCCUCCUCUCCAUCUAUGCCCGCUGUGGAAAUGCAACCGAGGUUAAGAGGAUCUGGGAGUCUUUGAAGUCCACAUUCAAGAAAUGUUUGAACAGAAGCUAUCUUGUGAUGCUUCAAGCUCUGAGUACUAAUGAUGACUUUGAGUCUUUACAGCAAAUCUUUCAGGAGUGGGAAUCGAGUCAUGAACAAUAUGACAUGAGGAUAACAAAUGUUAUGAUCAAAGCUUACCUUGAUAAGGGUAUGAUAGACGAAGCUGAGGCUAUCCGUCAGAGGGCCAUGGCUAAGGGUCGUUGUGAUGACAGGACGAUUUACAUAUUUGCCGAAUUCUAUUUGGAAAAAUCUAAUGUUACCGUGGCACUGGAGAUCUUGAGAGAUGCAAAGAAGAUGGUGACGGCACACAAAUGGGUGCCAUCCAAAAAGCUUACAAGCAGAUUUCUGAAGCACUAUGAAGAGUCAAAGGAUGUUGACCGUGUGGAGUCUUUCUGUGAGUGCCUGAGGAAGCUCGAAUGCCUUGAUGCAGAAGCUUAUGAGGGCAUGAUGCGGACCUAUAUAGCUGCAGCCAAGCCCCCAAUAAACCUCAACAAACCCCAAGGAACGCGGCCGAACAGGACAGCCGGUCAGCCACCCAUGUUGCGCACGGCGAUCGCCGCGGAGGCCCGGCGGCGCAUCUCCCUUGCCCCGGCAAGAUUCGCGCACGAGCUCGCGCAGGCGCAGGCGCAGGCCCAGGCCCAGACGGCCGUCCCUGAGCGGGGCGGGUUUGAGCCGUCGUGGAUCCCGCUCUACAGGAGAAUCUCGAGGCUGUACGGCAGGCCACCGGGGAUGGUGGCGGCGGAGAUGGACAAAUAUCUACGCAAGAGGCGCCCGCUCUCGGCGGACCAGAUCGUCGCCUACGUCCGCAAGCUCCGCAAGUUCAAGAGCAACGCUUGCGCGCUCGAGUGGGUUCGGGAUGAAUCUCCGUUCUGCAUUCUCUUUGUGGAUAAUUUCGAUUUAAGGUCACUAUUGGAAUUUGGAAAUGCGCUGUGCGAAUUGUGCAUUCCGCAUUCUCGACUGAAGAAUAGGACAAAUACCACAAUGUUGAUGGACUGGAUGGAAUCUCGUGGAGCAAAGUUGACACCUGGGCAUCAAGCGCUGCGGCUUGGCCUGGUUUCAAAAGUGCAUGGGAUACAGGCAGCUGAAGAAUAUUUCUGGAGCCUUCCUGAUAAGUCAAAGAAAACUUAUUCAUCUUUGCUUAACUGCUAUGGUGAACACAGAAUGGCAAGCAAAGGUCUGGAACUCUAUGAGAAGAUGAAAGUCAUGGACAUUGUUCCAAAUACACUGUUGUACAACAACUUGAUGACUUUGUACCAAAAGGCGGGCCAGCCAGAGAAAAUCCCCUCCACAUUUGAAGAAAUGCGAGAAAGUGGUAUAAGUGCUAACAAUUUUACAUACUUAAUAUUGAUAGAAAGCUAUGUUACAAUGAAUGACCUGGAGGCUGCAGAGAAUGUCCUGGAAGAAUUGCAGAAGGUGGCUCCAGUUCACUGGUCCUUGUACACUAUGAUGGCAAACAAUUACAUCAAACAAGAGCUGUUUGGAAAGGCAGAAGUGGCCCUCAAGAAAGCUGAGGAAGUCAUGGAUAAAGCUGAGUUAUUGUCCUGGCAUUUCCUCAUCUCUUUGUAUGCCCGUUCUGGCAAUUCAACCGAGCUUAAGAGGAUCUGGGAGUCUUUGAAGUCCACAUUCAAGAAAUGCUCGAACAAAAACUAUCUUGUGAUGCUUGAAGCUCUGAGUAUGAUUGAUGACUUUGAGUCUUUGCAGCAAAUCUUUCAGGAGUGGGAAUCAAGUAAUGAACAUUAUGACAUGAGGAUAACAAAUGUUAUGAUCAAAGCUUACCUUGAUAAGGGCAUGAUACACGAAGCUGAGGCUAUCCGUCAGAGCACAAUGUCUCAGGGUCAUUGCAACGGGAGGACGGUUUAUAUGUUUGCCGAGUUCUAUUUGGACAAAUCUGAUGUUACCGCGGCACUGGAGAUCUUGAGAGAUGCAAAGAAGAUGCUUACGGCACACAAAUGGGUGCCAUCGGAAAAGCUUACGAGCAGAUUUCUGAAGCACUAUGAAGAGUCCAAGGAUGUUGACGGUGUGGAGUCUUUCUGCGAGUGCCUUAGGAAGCUCGAUUGCCUUGAUGCAGAAGCUUAUGAGGGCAUGAUGCGGACCUAUAAAGCUGCAGGUAGAACCAACCCAUCCAUUGCUCAGCGCAUCGAAGAUGAUGGGAUUCACGUUGGCCCUGAGACGACGAAAUUGCUGGAGCAUGUCUCCGGCAAUUGAAACUGAGAAGGAAAGAAACUUUGUAAGAACUCGAGGCCGCCGUAGAAUUUUUCUUCAUUAUAGAGCAGAAUUAUGACUUGUCAAAGAUGUCGUUAUCUCGUGAAAAGCUUGCUGUCACCGGAUUUCUGUACAUGAAUUGCAAGGUCUUUUGGCAUUUUACAUUUGACCCCCCUGACUACUGUGUACCAUCUAUCUAAGCUGCUAAUACGAUGGAGGAGUUAUUUUCAAUUA